ACUCAGUGCGCAUGCGCCAGAUUCCCGGAAGUGUUGCCGUCGUUCUUGUAGCAGCAGCUGAUAGCUCCGCUGUCAACAGAGAAGGCUGGAAACCCGCUGCGGCUCAGACACGAAAAUAAUCCAAAAGAGAACAGAGUCCAAGCUGCGGAGGAACAGUCGUCUGUUUGGGACCCCCCUGUUUGACCCCCACUUCAGGGAGGAGGCCCAGCCCCCCCCGCUGUCUGCUGCACAGGACGCUAUGAGCUCCAGAGGGAGUGGUGGCCGCUCCAACAGCGCCCUGCCGCAGACGAAGAUCUGCCAGUUCAAGCUGGUGCUGCUGGGGGACAUGGCUGUGGGCAAGUCCAGCCUGGUGCUGCGCUUCGUCAAGGGACAGUUUGACGAGUUCCAGGAGACGACUAUAGGAGCCGCCUUCUUGGCCCAGUCCGUGUGUUUAGACGACACCACGGUGAAGUUUGAGAUCUGGGACACGGCCGGACAGGAGCGCUACCACAGCCUGGCUCCCAUGUACUACCGCGGGGCGCAGGCUGCCAUCGUUGUUUUCGAUAUCACCAAACCGGAGACCUUUGAGAGAGCGAAGGCGUGGGUGAAGGAGCUGCAGCGGCAGGCCAGUCCUAACAUCGUCAUCGCUCUGGCUGGAAACAAGGCCGACUUGGCUGAGAAGAGACUGGUGGAAUACGAGGAGGCCCAGUCUUAUGCUGAGGACACAGGCCUGCUCUUCAUGGAGACGUCUGCCAAGACGGCCAUGAACGUCAAUGAGCUUUUCCUGGCUAUUGCGAAAAAGAUGCCAAAAACAGACACCCAGAACCCGACGCAUGCAGCACGACAUCGGGGAGUGAACCUCCAGGACCCGGACGCCCACUCCACCAGAGCCUGCUGCGGCGGCAACUAACCCUCCACGACCAAUCAACCCCCCCGC